AUGGGGCGGUGGUCAUCCUCUGUCCGAUCAUUCUUCACCUUCUCCCUCCUCACCACUCCUGUGUGGGCGCAUAUCUCGAUCUUGCCUUCCAACGAUACCCACGAUUUGGCCUGGACCAGCUCCGCGCACUUCCGCCUCCAGGGUUCCAAUCCACUCAGUGGCCAGAGCCUCGCCCCAUUGACGCAUUCUCUCGUCAACUUAACUACCAACCAGGCCCAGGGAUUGAACCUUGCCGGCCAACUAGUUCAAGUGACCGCCACCAAUUCUCUGGCCAUCAAUACGACUGAUAUUGCGGUCAUCCCCUGCGACGAUUCUGCCGCCAAUUAUCCCGGCGAGUUGGGCGUCGAUCAAACCGUGCAGAGUGCCAUCACCGCGGCGAACCGGCCAGCAGCCAUCAUCCUCUACAGCACCUCGGCAACCCACUGCAACCUGACCACGGAUGACACGACCGAGGCCUAUCGCUUCAUCUUGACCUUUCGAGAUCUUCACGGCAUCGACAUCAGUCAACUACUCAAGAAUUCUUCCGACAAUCAGGUAACCAUCCAGCCUGAUAUGGCGUCCUUAACCACUUCUGCAUCACCGGUGGAUGGCAGCAGCAACGGCACCGGGCCCAGCAAUGGCCCCAAUACGGCCAUGAUCAUCCUGUACAGCAUCACAGGUAUCAUCACCGCCCUGUUCCUGGGCAUCAUCAUCACCGGCGCCGUCCGAGCGCACCGUCACCCCGAGCGAUAUGGACCUCGUCGGAUCGCCGGCCGGCCCCGGCAAAGUCGAGCAAGGGGGAUCGCACAAGCCAUGCUUGACACGAUUCCCGUCGUCAAAUUUGGCGACUCGCACGACGUGGUUGCAGCGAAGCGUGAUGUGGAGAUGGCCAAUGCGGAUGACACCACCCGCUCGCCGUCCCGUGUGGGCAGUGUCUCCGAGGCCGAUCAGACCUCAUCGCAUGGAAUUGAUCUCUCGACAGCUCAACCAGAGGGCAACAACAAUGACAACCACGUCCGGAAUCCCCCGACGGAAGCAAACCCUGCUGCGGCGCCCGACGGGGGCAAUUUCUCGUGUCCCAUCUGUACCGAUGACUUUGUCAUUGGGCAGGACUUGCGGGUCCUGCCCUGUAACCACCAAUUCCAUCCUGAAUGUAUCGACCCUUGGCUUGUGAAUGUGUCGGGCACGUGCCCUCUGUGCCGCAUUGAUCUGAAUCCUUCGAAGCCCGAAGAGACUGCCGAGCCUGGGGCUGAGAAUCCAGAUGGCCAAGCGACGGGCACGCCAGCCGACGGCAGCAAUGCUGCCGCUGCCGCGGGCGCGCAACAUAACCGACAUUCCCGUCGCCUCUCGAACUAUCUCCACAGUCCUCUUAACGCUCGCCGCAUGCGCAACGCCACCGUGGAAGAGCGCCUGGAUGCCUUGCGUCGUGUUCGAGAAGCCAACCAAAGUGAAACCACCACCGACCCUGACGCCUCGCAAUCCAAUCGCAACCGUUUAUCAACCCGACUCCGUGAACGAUUCCGCAUACGUACCCACUCCCACGGAGUUGACCACCCUAGUCCUGAGGCGAGUGGCCCUGUCACGCCCACCAUUCCCCCGGCCGCACACACCAACCAUUGA